AUUAUCAGCCAACAUUCAUAUUAAUAAGGAUAGCGGAAUCAUGCCGUCCCCAGCGGACUUCGCCCCUCUAUGUCCUCGCUCGCUUUUGGAAUGAAUUUCUCCAUCACAGGCCAGUAAGACCUACCAGACCCCGCAUCGGCUGAUAUAAAGAGCGGGUAUCUCUGCCCCUCUUGUCUAAGAGUACUUGUAUGUAAACAGCACAUAUCUCACAGCAAAACCAGUUCUGCACCAUGGCCCUCAUUCCCAGGUCGUUGAAGAAAGGCGACACCAUCGCCUUUGUCUCGCCUUCCUUCCGUCUGAACGACAUUCUGCCCGAACCUGUCGAGCGCGGCAAGGCAUAUAUCGAGUCUCUGGGCUUCCAUGUCAAAAUAUUUUUUAAUAGUCUACCGCCAGAGAGCACCAGCAUCGCAGAGUCCAUCCGUGUUCGUGUAGAGGAGCUCCUUGCUGCCUUCAAAGACCCGGAAGUCUCGGCUAUCAUCACGACUAUCGGCGGAGCCCACGCGAAUGAGCUGCUGCCCUUCCUGGACUACGACGUUAUCAAGUCCAACCCAAAGAUCUUCCUCGGCUACAGUGACAUCACCUUCCUUCACUAUGCCAUCCAGUCACAAACAGGGCUUCGUACGUUCUAUGGACCGAGCAUUCUCUCAGACUUUGCAGACUUGCCCAGUCCAAUUUCUUUGACGGUUGACCAUUUCCUACAUGUCUUGACUGGGUCAGGCGGUGGGCCUGUCGGUCCAAUACCCCGGUCUACUCAAUUCGCCGACGACCUUCCUGACUUUCUGAUCGCCGAGCCGGACUCUAAGAAGCCUCGUGCCUUGAAUACCUCGCCGACAUGGCGUUGGCUCGGCAAGGGUCGAGCCAGCGGCAGGUUAUAUGGCGGUACGAUCGUCUGCGUCACUCGAUUGCUAGCGGGCCCGUACGCUCCGUCCUGGAAAGACAAGAUCGUCUUCCUCGAGUCCGCCAUGGGUGACGAUGUCACCAUUCCGUACUCGGUAGAUGAAUACCGGAACAACCUGGUAGACUUGGCCCUGGCCGGAGUAUUUAACGACAUCAAUGGCCUGGUGAUUGGGCGGGGAUACAAAUACACGGCCGAGAUGCAGGAGGAGCUGGCCAACGUGAUCUUGGAGGUGUUUGACGUGAUAGUGCCCAAGGUCCGUGGUGGUGGUAGUAGUAGUGACCAUAUCCCCAUCUUGUUCAACGUCGACGUUGGCCAUACCAGUCCUCUGGUGACGUUGCCCUUUGAUGCACUCGCCAGGUUGGACUCAGAGGCCGAUGAGUUCACAAUCUUGGAGCCAGGCGUUCAAGAUCCAUGAAGGGCCGAUAUCCCAUGCUGUCCGUUGCAAAAUUAGUGAGACUUCUAUCAGACGAUUCCCAGUGUAAGGAACCGUUUACUGAGAAUCAGUACUAUCCAGACUAGGAUGAAAACGUGAAAGCCAAUUUUCUUGACAGCUCGGACUAAUUUGUUGUCGGAUUGUGAGUUUGAACAACCCUCCCAGUGGCUAUGUGGUAAAUCUGGUAUUGAGGGCAAACAUCUCGUUGUAUUGAGUAACAAGCUUCCUUUGAGAGUUGAAAUUUUUGAAUUAUAUACCAGAUUAACUAAAUAGAAAAAAUAGCAAUUAUAUGGGGGUUUCUUUCUCAUGGUUAAA